CAUUUUUCGAAUAAUCUACUUCAACUCCUCCGCUUUCUUUGCCAAUUACUGAUAACCUGGUCGCCUAGAGGUGUGAUUUUGGUUUACAAAUGAUAGACCGAUUUUUGGAAGAUUGUUAACAGUUUAUUUCUAUUCAAAGGAGAAUGAUAUCGUUUCGUCGCACCCUUUCAUCACUCUGUUCAAAAGAUAAACGUUUAUGGGAUGUAUCCUCCUCGGAAAAAAUUGGCCGGCAGUAUUCCAGUUUUAUUGGCUCCAAAUUGUAUAAUCCAGAUGAUAAGGUUGAUUUUGAUGUGAGCAAAGAUCCUAAAGAAUGGAAGUAUGUUAGUAGAUUAUUACCUGCUAAGUUUAUCCCUGAUCCUGUUGUUAAGGAUAAUUUUCCAUCAGGAUGGAAACCUCAAAGCGUUGAUGCAGUGAGUGGCCCUUAUUACGUUAGGCGAUCUAGGAACCAUAUGGUACCAGUUUAUCUAACCAUAGGACAGAGAGGUAUCAAAAAAAGGACAACUAUCCGUCAUAUAUUGGGUGAUAUAUGGCUCUUUAGCACUGAUUUGAAAAAGUACAUCGAAGAUCAAGUAAAACACGAUGUUGGGAUAAAAGUAGAUGAAGUCGGAUGCCGAAUAGUUCUUCGUGGUGACUAUUUGCACUAUGCUCAACAGUUUAUUUUAGAAAAAGGAAUGUAGUUGUGUUUGAGUGUUGACUCUAAGUCAUAUCGUAUUAAUUUGUAAAUAGUAAAUAAUUAUAUUUUUAUUUUAUUUUUUCAUUUUGUCUAUUAUAUUAUAAAAUUUCCUACGUAUGAAUUAUUUUUUAAUUAUGUGGCUAUUUUAGUAAUGAAAAUAGAAAUAUUUUAAUUAUUAUCGAGAUAUGAGAUUUAUCAAACUUAAUAUAAGAAAGGUUACAUUUAAAAAUUUUUUUUGGAAGAUUUUAGUCAUAGGGUGCAGUAAAUGAAGAACAACAUAGUUAUAAAUCAAGUUUAUUGCCAACAUUUUGACCUAAGAUACAAGCCUUCAUGAAGGCUUUAAGCUUGAACCAAAAUAUUAAAUUUUUCAUUUAUUAAGUGUUUUUCUGUGUUUAUUAUACUGCCCGACCAAUUUCUUAAAUUAUAUCUCACCUCUACCUUGUCCAAACCAUUUAAAUAUAUUGCUCUUAUAAUAUAAUUGAGUGCCAUUAAAAUGUCUUACUAUAGCUUAACCACAAUUAGCUACCAGGCCAACGGCUAACUCAUGCAACACUAACUUGAAAUUAACAUUUUCUUUUCUCAUUAUACCUAUUUUAUUGCAAACAUUUACUACAUAAAUGUUUUGAUGGAGCUAAAUUUUAAGUACAUUUUUGUGUUUCGACCUGUUUAUUGAUUCUAAAACACAGAAAAUAUAAUAAAAUGAGCAAAUCCUUUUAUAUAUCAAAUAAGAGAGAUAUCGUAUGUGAACAAUGUUCUGAUUUUUCAGAGGAAAAAUUUGUCAAAG